UCGCAAGUGGACGAAAUGCAGUUAGUUUAUGUCAAAGUAUUUGACAUGCUUAUCAAUCGCAUAGACUUCUUGUAUUUCAGUAUGCUACAAAUGUUCCCCAUUAUUUUGACGUCAUUGCAACAAUUUAUGGAAUUUCGUUUCAAUCACAAAAAAUAUAUCAAUGACACGACUUUGUUACGUAAGCUAAUGUCGAAUAAUCACAACGAUCCCGAAGUGUAUAAAUUAGCAGCAUUGUUUGAAUACAGUAAAAUGUGCGAUGUUGAAGCCGCUAGACUGUACUUUUCAGAAGGGUUGAAAUAUCACAAACAUUGUAAAAUACUAUAUAUUGAAGAAUUCAAUUUAGAAGUACAGCACGUUGAACAUACUAAUGGUCAAUCACUUCCUAUAGCAUUGAGCAAGUAUAAAAAUAUGGUUGAAUACUUCAAAGGUGAUUUGGAAUUUCAUAUAACAUUGAUAGAUAAAGCAUUGCAAUUUAAUACAGUUUGGGAACUGCAAUAUCAUGUUGUAAGGGAUAUGUUCGAAGAAUACAAACACGAUGAACGGAUGUGGUUAAAGUUGGCUAAUAUAAGCUUUCAAGGUUUUAUAUUUGAUCACGAUUUGGAACUGAUGAACUUUGACAGACAUUGUAAACGCAGGCUUCUAUAUUCAUUGAAAGCAUUUGAUGAUGGUUUGAAAGAAGAUUGGACACCCAUAAAACGUACACUGUUAUGGGACUUGUUAAUUGACCAUGUUAUUGGAAUUUGGAAAGAGUAUGGUUGGAAAAAUGAAACAAUUGUUAGUUUUGUAAAUGAAACUAUGGAGCGAGUGUUUCAAGGAGCGCAAGACGAAGGAUUUUUACAUAAAGGAGAACAUUAUGCAUAUUGGGUGAGUUUUGUGAAGCAUCAUUCCUAACAUUUAAUUACCAAUAAUUAUAAAACUGUAUUAUUUUUUUAAGGCUGUGUAUAAAAUCGAGAAAAGUGAUGAGAU